AUGUCUAAAAAAGUAAAAGGAUCAGCCCGAAACCAUAUAAAAUUAGAAGACCUUCCUCAAGAUAUUUUAAUAAUGGUGCUUAAGGACUUCUUGGAUAUAAGUGAUUGAGGAAGAUUAGCCUGUGUUUGCAGCUGGCAAUGGAAUAUAGUAAAUUCUUGCUGAUCAACCCUCCAAUAUUUGAACUUUUAUCAAAUUCCUUUAUUAAGAGCAACUGAUUUUAAAACGGUCAUUAAAAAGUGUAACAGACUGAAAAAACUUAAAAUAGAUUGCACUUACCUAGACUUAAGUGCUUUAGCCUAUAUUCCUACAGGUCUAGAAGAAUUAAGACUUGAAUCCUUGGAUCGAAUAAUUGGCGAUGAAAAUUUUUUAUUGGUCUUAGAAAGGCUUCAGUUUUUGAAAGUCCUCAAACUUUCUGUCUAUAACAAAUCAAUAGAUUAUAAAAUAAAUCGAGAUAGGUGAUUUUCUUUUUUAUCAAAUACAAAUAUCAUAUCGUUUGAAUUUGAUAAUAUGAUACUUGCAUCUUUUAGCGAAUUAAAAAAAAGCCAAGGUCUCUUUAAUGGCUUGAGCAGUUCAGGCAUCAAAAAACUAAAAAUUUGAAAUUCGAAAAUUUUUAACUUACCUUGUUAUCUUGAAAAGCUAAAAAUCAUAGCAAAUAAAGUAGCUAAAACAAGCAGCCUAUCAUUAACUGACAAUACCAUUAGAAUUAUAGAAGAGAAUUGUAUUUCAAUAAAUAAGCUAAAAAUAGUUGACUAUAAUACUAGAAUAUAUGAAAAUGAUAUUCUUACAAACGAGGGAAUAUCAACUAUAUAUAGAAGCUGAAGCAAAAUCAAAUAUUUAUGACUCACUUCCUACUCUGAGGUAGGAGUCAACUUUGUAGAUGAAAAUACCAUACUGCAGCUACUCACUUCUUGUGAAAACUUGCGUGUGCUUGGUCUAGAUGGGUUUAAGCAUUUUACUGACUCCUGCACACAAGUUUUAAGCAAUAAAAGCCCAAAUCUCGAAAGAUUAUCACUUUCGUUUACUUAUAUUACAGAUGCAUCUCUUUUUCAUAUUUCUUCACUUAAGCAGCUUUGCUAUUUAAGUUUAAGAAAUUGCAAAAGAUUAUCAGAAUCAGGGUUAAUUGAACUAUUUCAGCAUAUGCCAGCACUAGAGACCCUCAAUCUUUCAGGGGCAUCAAAUGUCACUAACCAAGUGAUGCACGCUCUUUCUAGCAAUAGUAGAAAUCUUAAACAGUUGAUUAUCAGCAAUGCCCAAAUCACUUCGCUUUGCAAUAUUGCAAGUAUUCAAAGCCUUAAUGAUUUAUCAAUUAUCAAUUGCCAUAAAAUCGAGAAUUCAGAGUCAUUCAAACUUUUGGCACAAUUACGGAGCCUGACUAAUCUCUCUAUUGUUGGUUCAAAAACUCUUACACAUGAGAGCUUUGCAGCAAUUAUGGACUGUAUAGGAAGGAAUUUAAGAAAGCUCAGACUUGAUGGCUGCAAAAAACUUGACGACAGAAGUUUUCUAAAAAUUGCUCAAAGCGGAAAGAAGAUCCGAAUUUUACUCAUGAAAGAUAUAGAGCUUACAAGCCAAAUUCUUAGUUACCUUGGACUUAUGUGGGCGAAUUUGAAACACUUUACAGUCUCAAACUUUACCAAAUUUGAAAGUAGCAAUGGAAUUGCUAGCAAUGACCAUGAAUUUAGAAUAAUGGUUAAUGUUCAAGAAGAGAUUUUAUAUUUUUCAUCAUCAUAA